AUGGCCAAUACACCGUCAAUCCAAGUCAACAAUCUGUCAUAUCAAUUUCAGGACGGUUCAUCCGGCCUGGCAGAUGUAAGUCUCUACUUACCGGCCGGAAGUCGAACUUUACUCAUCGGAGCCAAUGGAGCGGGAAAAACCACUCUUCUACGGUUGCUCGCGGGCAAGCGUCUCGCGCCCGAUGACACAAUCACCGUCGGGGGUAAGGACCCCUUCAAAGAGGGUCUGGAAGGGGUGACUUAUCUAGGCGUCGAGUGGGUUCUUAACAAUAUUGUCCGGACUGACAUCGACGUUCCUACACUGCUGGCUUCUGUGGGCGGGAACGCCUAUCCCGAGCGGAGGGACGAGCUUGUAGAUAUUCUCGAUAUUGACUUGCGGUGGCGUAUGCAUGCAGUGUCUGAUGGAGAGCGCCGCCGCGUCCAGUUGGCCAUGGGUCUGCUCCGACCCUGGCAAGUUCUACUCCUUGACGAAAUCACUGUUGACCUGGACCUGCUAUCCCGUCAUAAUUUUCUUUCUUUUCUCAAGCGUGAGACUGAAACUAGACCCUGCACCAUAGUGUAUGCGACGCACAUCUUGGACAAUUUGUCUCAAUGGCCCACGCAUUUGGUGCACAUGAAUCUUGGUAAUGUCAAGCAGUGGGGCCCGAUUACAAAGUUUCAGAAAGAAGUGCCCGAAACGUCCGAAAAUAGCCAACUUGGAGAGCUUGUUCUAAGGUGGCUCAAGGAAGAUCUCAAGGCCAGAGGUCCUAGAAAUGGGCGGCAUGGCCAAGCCAAGACCUACGAGUCGUUUGAUGGGAGGGGGGGAUAUGGAUUUGAAAAACGGAAUUGA